UUGGACUCGGACUCGGAGUCGACAGUCCUGACGAACUCACACAUAUAGUUACAUAUGAUUGUCUUGACGAAUGUAAGGAAUGAACGCGCGCGCACCAACGACUUUUGGAUCUGUAUUUAAAAGAACGUAAAGAAAAGGCGGUAGUGAUUUUAAACAGCAAUAUCAGGCCGAAGUGUUGAGGACGUCACGUCCUGUGAGUCUGUGAGUGAAACAGGAAGAGACGGAGUGCUGUUGACACGUUGCUGACAGACUUUUACUCUUUAGGUACCGGUUUUAAUCAUUUUAAACUGCAGAAUAAUGUGAAGAAUGUGCUUCCGGUGUUGCUGGUUUACCUGUUUUGCAGGUUUGACUAUGAAACCACUGUGACUGCAUCCUCAUCAUGGAGAAGUUUGGUAUGAGCUUUGGGGGAGGCCCAAGCAAGAAAGAACUGCUUGAGACAAUAGAGGCCCAGAAGAAGGAGCUCCUCAAAUAUCAGACUCGAUUUAAAGAUGUUGUCAGAGCCUAUAAGAGUUUACUGAAGGAGAAAGAAGCUUUGGAAGCUAGCCUAAAAGUCCUCACUGUAUCUCAGGAGGCGGAUAUAAGUCUGCACAGCAAUGACCCAUCUUCCGGUGUAUGCAGUGGCCAAACAGAGUGCCCAGUACCCACUGACCUUGCAGAUGACCACUGUUCCCUUCACAGUGAGGACAGCGUGGACACUGCAGCUUCUGUUGACACAGCCACCAGCGUGACCAGUAACAGCACUAAGGGAGACCCUGCAGAGGAGGACCAGAGUGGCCCUGCAGAAGGAGCUGUGCCAGGGUCUGCAGUGCCUUCUGUCAUCCAGCAGUCAGAGGAGGCAAGCGGUUCGGAGAGUGGUGUCAGUUCCAGCAGCAGUACUGGUAUAGAGCAACCUGUUGCCUCAGCAGUAGCUGAGACGGACCGUCGGGUGAUGCAGCUCAAGACCCAGUUGUCUACUUUGACGACAUCCUUGGCCACAGUCACUCAGGAAAAGUCUAGGAUGGAGGCUUCCUACCAAGCAGACAAGCGGAAGAUGAAGCAAGAGCUGGAGGAGAUGCAGGGGAAGAUGGAGGAGGCCCACAAGCAGCACCAGAACGAGCUCCAGGCUUUACAGGAGCAGCUUGUGGAGAGCAAGGCCCGCGUCAUCACGCAGCAGCACGAGCGAGAGCAGGAGCAGGGCGAUCAUGCCCACAUGCUCCGCGAGCUUCAGAAACUCCUGCAGGAGGAGAGGAGCUUGAGGCAAGAUGCUGAACUCAAACUGGAGGAUACCAGAGAAUCCCUGGUGGAAGCCAUGAAAGCUGCUGACAGGGGGCUGGAUUGUGAGGAACAGUUGAGGAAGAUGGCUGAGGAUUGUGAGAUGCUGAGAAAGAGUUUACAGGCCUCAGAGAGUGAGAGGAGUAAGCCUGAUCCACGGGUGGAGGAGCUGCAGCAAGAGAUUGCUGACCUCAAAGCACACUUUAAUCAACAGAUUCAGCAUGAGAUUAGGAAGGUUGCUCAGACAGAAGAGCGUUUGCGGGAGCGGGCACAGUUGGAGGAGGCGCGAGUGGCCAGUCUUGAGGAGAGGGUCUCUGAGCUGUCGGAGUUACUGGGUGCUUGCGAGAAGGCCAGGCAAAAAGACCAACAGAAUGCUCAGAGGCUACGGGAGCGCAUCCUUCAGCUGGACACGGAGAACAAGACUCUGGCCAUCGCAGUCAGCACUAGGACCACCACGUCGGACCUUGGUAUUGAUGAAACAAACCUAGACGUGAAUGUGCUUAAAGACAAGCUGGAGAAAGUGAAGAAGCUGCUACAGCUGGCUGCACAAAGGUCUCAGGACCAAACUUUAGAGAUUGAGAAGCUGAUAGAGGGGGAUACAGUGCAAGGAGGUGAAGUCUCGGACGGAGAGAAGGCUUCAGUGCUGUAUUACCAGCAAGAGCUGCGUCAGCUGAAGGAGGAGUUUGAGCGUUACAAAGUACGGGCACAAGUGGUUCUGAAGAACAAAAACACAAAAGAUGGCAACCAAGCCAAGGAGCUUGAGGAGGCCCGUGACCAGCUGGCCGAACUGAAAGAGAAAUACAUCAACCUGCGCAUUCACUCUGACGAGGCCGAGGCCCGGCACAAGCGAGAGCUGGAGGAGCGCCAGCAGGGGUUGAUGGCCCUUCAGCAGGCCCAUAAACAGGAGCUGGAGAAACUGGAUGCUCAACACAGAGAGAACUUCCUACGUCUGGAGGAAGAGAUGCACAAGCAGAGGGAUCGCACCAUGGCCCUUCUCGCAGAGAAGGACCUCGAACUGGAACAGCUCCGAGCCACUACAAUGAUUGGCCUUCGAAGGCAGAGCGCAGGUGAUGGCACAGCAGAGAGAGGAGGUGGAGUGGAUGGAGAUGACGUAGAAGGUGGUGAUCCUGCUCAUGAAGAGAGUGAGAUCAUUGCUCAGGCGCUGAAGCUAGUUGGCCCAAAUGAGCCCACUUUAUUGCUGUAUGCUGAACAGCUGGCCCGGAAGGAGGUAGAGAUUGCCGCCUUGCGCAAACAGAAGCAUCGGCUGGAGGAAGACCUGCAUCAGCUGCAAGGGAAGUUGAUCGCUAACGGUGAGAGACAUGAAGAGGAGGUGGCCGAGAUACGGGCGCAACUGGACAAGCGUAUUCGCGACCAGGGCAGAGAUGGAGCCAACUUGGAAUAUCUUAAGAAUGUCAUCUACAGGUUCCUCACGCUCCAGGACUCUAGAGGGCGUCAGCAAACACUCACAGCCAUCCUGACCAUCCUUCACUUCAGCCCUCAAGAAAAACAGGCUGUUGUGAAGCAGCAAGGACAGAGCUGGUGGACGGCUGGGAAGAGAUGAUGAAUUAAGUCGGAGAACGCUGAAAGGGUUAAUUUAUUUUGUAAUAGACGAGUCACGUUUUUCAGGGUUUCUGCUUUCUGUUCUGAAGUACCAAAUUAUGUGCAUUACCUGUAUGACGAUUAACUUUCCUGUUCUGUUAAAGCUCAUAAAGUUUGUGUUGUCUCUCACAAUCCACAUGAAUAAUCGUUUUAUCUUGCUCCUAACUGAGGUAAGACAUUUACUAGGACAUACACACAAGAGGCAGAGACAGCCAUUAUUUGGUUUUCUCUCUUGUGAAAGAUCUGCGCGCUCCAGGAGCUACAACCACUACAAUUAGAACUUGUACAGACGUGUGUAAUUAUUAAGCAAUACCAAAGAAAGCGUCAGGUGUGCUGCUGUUUGCAGUGACCUGAGAACCUCAAAUAGAUUAAAACUUAGCCAGAGGAAGUAUCAGAUUUCAUAACCAUGCAGACACUGACAUUAUUUUGCUUUUUUUUGUAAGCAUCCUCAACAAUUUCUGUAUCCAUGCAUAUUGAUAUUCAGAUUAUGGUUGUAAUUAGGGGUGGGAAAUAUGACAAUAUUAAAUCAUAUUGUUAUAUUACAUCACACACUACAGUAUGCUUUUAUAAGCAUAUUGUAGAUAUACACAGUACUUAAAAACAUUGAACAACUGCAUGUUUCAUUACUCAGCGAGCAGGAAAGCUUGUUUCAUUGAAUUUAUUGCAGCACACCAAUUUGAAAUGUUCAAUAAAAAACAUUGAAUUCAUAGUUUUUAAUGUUUUUUAAUUUUGUUUAACUGAGGAAAUGCUGGGGCAUUCUAUCAGUUCUAACUUAAAACCUCAGAAGAAUUAAGUAGUGUGAUACAUACCCUGCAUUAUGAUAAUGUCUUUAAGUUACUAUGAUCUUGUAUUUUUGCUGUAUUGCCCACCCCUAGUCAUAAAAGCAUUAUACUACAGCCCUUCAUAACAUUCCAGUGUAGUGUUUGCCCUGCACAAAGACUUCUGAUUGAAAACAUCAGUUAAUUAUCAAACCCUCUGUGAGGUCAAUCAUGCAUGUUGGCGGACUGAAAACACUAACCAUCUUUGUUAUCCUUGGCCUCUACUUAGGCUUCAUAUUUUUCAUUUUCCAUCACUGUCCAACCAAAUGUCACAUAAUUGCAGUGUUGCACCUUCUGUAUCUAAAAGUAAUAAUUAGUUGUAUGUUUUGUACAGAUUUGAUUUUUUUGCUAUAGAUGGGUUAUAGAGUAUCUUCAAAUGUAUAUUUUGGAUCCUUGAUUUAAAACAGUGAAAUUAAAACUACUUUCUCCCCUUA